UAUUAUAUUUGAAUAAGAUGAAUCUAAUGCAUAUUGUUGAUUAAAAUAAGCUGAACAUGUUUUUGUUCAAACCAUGUGGUUUGCUCUUUAUAAUAUUUUUAUUUAACUUUGUGUCGGCAAAUUUUGACGAGUCUGUUCAGAGUUUAUUUAAACAUGAAGAUCAUAUAUUAAACAAUGGAAAGUAUUACAUCACAAGAGAUGUGGAUGAUGUCAUAAACAAUGGAGAAAGUAAAAUUCCUGAUUUGGAAAGAAAAUUAAAGGAAGCUGACAAUGACUUGUUACAUCAUAAUGGCAAUAUACAAGAUAACAAUGAAGUUAAUUAUGAGCACACAAUUAACAAACGAAGUGCUACAACUCAUUCUGACAUUUCAGUCACACAAGCUGAACUGCAUGAUGGAAACACGCAACUUGUUAUACACUGGGCGGGUCUCAACAGUUCUAAUAUCGCAGUUUUAACAAAGAAUCAAAGAAGUGGAUCCGUCAGAACAUCAAAUGUUUAUUUCUCUUAUGAUUACGGAGCAACUUUUAGUCGCAAGAUUAGCAGUUCAUCAAGCGGGUCACUUCCACAGGCCCGUAUCUCUGACUUUGUCCACGCAUAUCACAAUAUCGACCGUUACAUAUUCAUGGAUCGACACACCCCUAGUUUGUUCACUACCACUGACUCGGGCCGUAAUUUUCACCAUGUAACACCGUUACCAUUCACCCCGAGUACUCUAACAAUUAACCCAGUAAAGCCAUGGAUAGUAAUAGGACAUGAUGAAACUGGAAAGAAUUUGUUUAAAUCAAGUGAUUUUGGAAGUUCAUGGAUUAGAAUACAGACCAGGGUGGAAAAAUAUGAGUUUGGUUUUUCAGCAGCUACAAGUCAAUUUGAAACAAACCCAGACACGUUGUACGUCCGACGCACAAACUUAGACGGGUCGUACACAAUUCUUAGAAGUGAAACGUAUUUCCAAAAUGACAUCAGAGAGCAAGUUGUGAUAUCGCAUGUCACUGAUUUUCUACUGAUGAAUGCGACCAUGGUAGCUGUACGGAACUCCCCACAAGGUUCAGGCAACAAGGAAUUAUGGUUAGCAAGAACGCGGCAUUCUCGUUUCUCAAAAGCCAGCUUUCCCAACACUCUUACAAUGCGAGAAUUUUAUGUCGUUGAUGCUUCAGAUGGACAGAUUAUGGUAUGCGUGAAUCAUGGACCUGGUGUAUCUAACAUUUAUAUUUCGGAGCCAAAUGGUGUUGACUUUUCGCUAUCCCUUCAAAAUGUGACCUAUUACACCCCACUAGGCCCUGAGUCAACUUUCAGCUUAUAUGCCAACAAGAGGUUUGCCGACAUUCACAAAGUGAGUGGAAUGAAGAGCAUCUUCAUUGCUAAUGUGAUGACCAAGUCGUCAAUGCCGGGAAAAGUGUAUGAUGCAGGGAGCAUGAGGUCUCUCAUCACUUUUGAUAAAGGAGGUUUUUGGGAGCAUAUUCCUGCUCCUGAAUAUGACGCAACAGGAGCAAAGAUAAAUUGCUCUGUAAGAAGUGGUUGCUCUCUCCAUUUAACCCAAGCCUUCCACCAAGCUUACCCCAGUACUCGAUCCAACCCCAUAUUUUCAGUCCCCUCUGCCCCAGGGUUCGUCCUGGGCCAGGGAAACAUUGGCAAAAGUAUCCGAACUGACCCAAGUCUGUUUUUCUCGGACUCGGCAGGAAGGCACUGGACAAAUAUAUUAUCUGGAUUAUGGUUCUACGUAUGGGGGGACCAUGGUGGGAUUAUUGCCGCAGUAAUGCAGUUUCAAAGAUCUAACCUGCUGUGGUAUUCAACUAAUCAAGGACAAACAUGGGACACUCACCAGUUUUAUAACGAGACCAUUCGUGUCUAUGGCUUAAUGACUGAACCUGGCGAAACUAGCACAGUAUUCACUGUGUUUGGAUCAACUAACACUGGAGUCCAUUCUUGGGUCAUUGUACAGGUUGAUCUACGAGCUGUGUUACCAGCUAAAUGCAAGGAUGAGGAUUAUAAGGAUUGGUCACCGGUUGAUGAAAGGGGAGUCACUUGUAUAAUGGGUGGACAAACUAAAUAUAAAAGGAGGAGACAGCACGCAAACUGCUACAAUGGGCGUAACUACGACCGUCCUACAACAAUUAAGCAAUGUCAAUGUACAAGAUUAGACUUCGAAUGUGAUGCUGGAUUCCAUGUUCCAAAUUUCUGGGGAAUAUAUUGUGUUCCUAACCCUACAAGUACAAUGGAUCCAUACCAGGUCCCACCAACAUGUAGCGCUGGGAAAUUUUACAACAGAACAAAAGGUUAUCGGAAACUAGAAGGAGAUAUCUGCCAGGGGGGGUCAGCGGAGAGCCACUAUGCUCCGGACCUUGUACCUUGCCCAGUGCAAGAGGAAAAUUCAUUUAUGAUACUUUCAACUUCUAUUGGUCUACAAAGAUAUGACAUGGUAACGAACCAAAGUGUCCUCCUUAACAAUGCUGUACCAGGAAUUCAUCUGUUUGACUUUGACUACAAAACAAACUGUUUAUAUUGGGUCUAUCAUGGGAGGAUUAAAGUAACCUGCUUUAAUGUGACAACUUCAGUGCAAAUCAAUUCAACCACUCUAUUUAACCCUGGAUCACGGAUCAUACGCUCACUAUCAGUGGAUUGGUUGUCCCGUAAUAUCUACUGGUGUGAUGGGAAUGUUAAUGUAAUUAACAUGGAGGGAAAAUUCGUUCGUAUGUUGGAGAACCCACAAUGUUUAUAUAGGCAAACUUAUAUGACCAUUGACCCAACGCAUGGGUAUAUAUACACUGCAUGUUCUUCAAACACGACACAUGUUGCUAUAAUAUAUAGAAUGAACAUGGAUGGUACGAAUGUAACAGCAUUAAUACACACGUUACAUAGAAGUGAUGUCCAUAAUAUGAAGUUGGACCUACCAAGUGAUAAUCUAUACUGGUUCCAAUCAUCCAGGGUUUUCCAUGCAUUUUUAGAUGGCACGCGAAUCAGAACAUUAGCUCGUUUGCCAGUUACUACAUACCACACUACUACAAUUGAUGUGUUCAAGAGCAAAUUGUAUUGGAUGAAUACUGGUGACAUGAUUUACUUCCGAGAUAAAUACUCUGUUGAUACAGACCAUUUAAUGAUUGGGUCGAAUUAUUUUCAAGGAAGAUUUUAUUCAUUUAAGAUAUUUACACGUCAGUCCCAAAGUGCCCACCCCUCCCCGUGUUUGACACAGAAAUGCACCCAACUAUGCACAGCAGUGCCUACAACAACUGGUCAUAUGACAGGCAAAUGUAUGUGCAGUUCAAGUGGUGAAGUCUUAGUUAGUUAUCGACCAGAUGGUUCCGAGGUUUGCACGUGCCCACCCCAUCAAUUAUACACCAAUUCAUCAUGUGUGGCUACAAACAAGACAUGUCAAAGCAAUGAGAUGUUAUGUUCCAACGAACGAUGUGUGUUACAAUCGUGGGUAUGUGACGGCCAAGAUGACUGUGGUGAUGGAUCAGAUGAAAAUGAUUGUAGGACAAAUCAUUGUCAAGACUACCAGUUUCAAUGUGACAACAUGAGAUGCAUUCCAACCUCUUGGCAAUGUGACCAUGAUGAUGACUGUAGGGACAGCUCUGAUGAGCAAGGAUGUCAGUAUGCCACGUGUGAUAACUCCACAUCUUUCUUAUGUGAUAACGGACACUGCAAGAAUAAAGCGUGGACUUGUGAUGGAGAUAAUGAUUGUGGAGAUUGGUCUGAUGAAAGGAAUUGUGUGAAUACAACACAACCAACUACUACAUGUGAUUCCACAUAUCAGUUCUAUUGUGCACAACCUACACAUUCGUGGUCAGGACAUUGCUUUCCACGAUUGUGGGUUUGUGAUGGAGAUAUUGACUGUGUUGGUGGUAGUGAUGAAGCUAACUGUACCCACCAUACUAACACUACAUGUGCCAAUACGCACCAACACCCAUGUAAUAACGGAAGGUGUAUAUAUACAUGGUGGUUCUGUGAUGGCACUGCAGAUUGCGCGGAUCGUUCAGAUGAGUUGAACUGCCCAACAACACCAGCCACCACCCCAACUACCCCUAUACCCACCUUACCCCCCCACGAAUGCGGGUCAACCCACCUCCCCUGCCGAACCUCAGGAAUGUGUUACCCCCUCGUGUGGCGAUGUGAUGGCGUUGACGAUUGCGGCGACGACAGCGAUGAAUUUGAUUGCAACACUACAUCCAGCACGCCUACCGCUCACCAUCUACCUUGCUUUAGUGACUUGCUACAGUUCAGGUGUGCGAACCAACUUUGUAUUUUCCGUUUCUACAAAUGUGACGGGGACAACGACUGCGGUGAUUGGUCAGAUGAACGGGGCUGCCCCAACUUUGUGGGGGAUACCCCUGGCUGUGUGGUGGGUAAUGGGUAUGACUAUCAAGGUACUCGUUCUUAUACAAAAACCGGGCGUACGUGUCAAAGAUGGGAUUCUAACCACCCCUUCCAACCCCACUUCUGGCCCCAGAACACCCAUCAUAAUUACUGCAGGAACCCGGAUAAUGAUAUAAGGGGUUUAUGGUGCUAUACAACUGACCCAACAAAAAGGUGGGACUACUGUGGAGUUCCACACUGUAGUGGUAACAUGUCAUCUGUACCAAGUGUUGCACCCCCCACAGCCAACCCCAUGCACUGUGUUGAUGGGUAUACUUACUGUGGUGUUGGUGGUACAAGGACCUGUAUAUUAGAUAGGUUUGUAUGCGAUGGGGAUAAUGAUUGUGGAAAUAAUGCUGAUGAAAAGAACUGUGGGCAACAGUGUGGAACAGAUCAAUUCACGUGUCACAAUGGCCGGUGUAUUGCAUUGUCUUUGCAUUGUAAUGGAAUAGAUGAUUGUUCGGAUAACAGCGACGAGAAUUGUACGACUGUUGAUUGUGGUCCCUCAUUUUACAGGUGUGCAGCGGACAACCAUUGUAUAUUACGUAGCAGCGUAUGUAAUGGAUAUCCUGAUUGUAGCGACAAUGCUGAUGAACAGGGAUGUGCUGAGUUUAUCACUACUGUUCCUACACCUACCCCAGGAUGCCCCACCAUGGUAUACCAACGUUGUAAUUACAUAGUGGAUUGCCCUGAUAAGUCAGAUGAAAAUAACUGUCGGUACAUAUACGGUAUCCGUUCAUCUCCGUGCACCAACAAUGUGAAGAGAUGUCGCAGAAUAUCGUGGCAUGCCACUAGCUUCCCUGCCAACAUAACUACGGCAAAAUUCGUCGUUUAUUUUGCAAAGUUUGAUCCAAGUCAAGCGUUUAGCACAAGUUUCGCAGCAAGUAAAAUGACCACAAGACACUAUAUUGAAAUCUCAGGUUUAGACCCUUUCACCAGCUACCAUUACGUAGUCGUCAUUCAUGUUCACAACCAAACCCUUCCAUUUGAAACACUAUUGUCGUUUAAAACCCAACCUGGUCAACCCUCCCCACCCACUAAUGUACGAGCCAUUACCCCCGGCAACAACAACAUAUAUGUUAUGUGGGAUGCUCCGAGAAAACCUAAUGGUUUAAUUGCAGGGUAUCGAGUGUAUGCAAGUACCAAUGGUAGUGACCCUACAACAAUGUCAACAACAGCAAGAAGUGUUAUCUUUCAAAACGUUCAGCCUGGUGUAUGGAAUAUAUAUGUGGUUGCCAAAGUUCAUGGGGAACUGGACAGUAACAAGAGUGCUAUUGUACAUGCUACUUCGGGUGUUUCUACUUUCACGACGCAUGUGACAAACUCUCGUACAUCAGCCAUAGUCAUGUGGUUACAUGCUCCAUCAACUGCCAACAAGUUUAUCAUACAAGUGACGGCUCUUGGCUUCUCCCUUAGCACACCGCAGAGAUACGAAGUAAAGACAGCCCAUGCGUUCAACAUUACACGUCUCAUGCCAGCAUCACAUUAUAGAUGCGAUGUUGAUGCUGUGGAUAUAAGUGGCAGUUUGAUCUCCCAUGCGCAGUCGGAUAUAUCCACCACUGGCCCCCCCAUAACCCAACCCCAUGUUAUUAGAGUUAAAUCACUUACUACAAGCUCUGUUCAAGUAUUUUGGACUCAACUCGUUGAUUCCCAAAGUUAUCCUGCUGUUGUAUAUCAGGUUGGUUAUGGAGUUAGUGAGGAAGAGCUUAUGGUCCCAAAGAAAGUAAAGGGAACAAACACAACAAUCACUGGCUUAAGACACAAUAUGCCAAUUGUAACCAUGGUCCGUGUGUUUCAACCCUAUGUUACGGACUGGAGCAGACCGUAUGUUGGGACACCCUUGUCUGAUUUCUCAAUUGCUCCACAAGAUAUACAUGUCACUGUUGGUGAUGAUCUUACUUCAGCUGAUGUGCAGUGGGAGUCGCCGUUUAAUGAGGAGAAUGCUAACUUGACAUAUGAUAUCUAUGUGAUCAACCUCGUGACCAAACAAACCGAAAAAAAAAUCAAAAAUUAUUCUUCAAAUAAUUUUAAGCUUUCCAAGAAAGUGAUGAACUUGAAACCUUACACAACGUACAGGAUAGUUAUAAGCGAUACACAUGGCAAAUUUGGUAGUGCAAAUGCUUCAUUUAACUUCUAUACUGGAAAGAGUGUUUCUGCACCGACAGAUCUGCGUAUAUAUCCUGUUAAUGCUACAGCUUAUGAGUUGGUGUUCAACGUACCAAACAAGUUCAGUGGGUUUUACAAAGACGUGGUUCGUGGCAUUGAGGCUUCUAUAUGCCCGGGUCGUGACCUUACGACCCCUGAUGACAGGUCAUGUUUUGAUUCUGUUGAAAUUUCAAAUUCUUCACGAGCGGUGACGUUUGCAAACCUUAUACCUCAUAAAUGGUACACAAUUUUCCUCAUUCUACAUUGUCCGAAACACAAUUGCUCUGAAAAAUCUUCGAAAAGUUUCCAAGUUUUAAACUCGGAAACUUACGCCCCUUCAGCGCCAUCUAGCGGGAGCAUAAGUCUCACCACGACAAAUGUCAUCGCAAUCGCUGUUUCUACUUUUGUUAUUUUUAUUUCCUUGGUUGGAGGAAUUAUAUUUUUGGUACGUCGGCACAGGCGACUUCAGCAAUCUUAUCAUGCGUUUGUUUCCUCGCAUUAUGAUCCUAGAUCAGGUGAAGCAUUUUUUGUAAACGACAACGAUGACUUUGAUAAUGGACUCGAUGACGAAGAUGUGGAAACUCCAAUGAUUUCUGGCUUCGCUGACGACGAACCAUUGAUUGUUGCUUAAUGUGUACGAAGUGUUGCACAAUAUACACUAUGCUUUUAUUUCUCACUAUGUCUGUAGUUUACACACCGUAUGUUAUGUAAGAUACUUCAGGCCAUCACAGGGCUGGAUUUUUUAAACCAAUGCUUACGGAACUAAGUUAGUUUGGGCAACAGUGCAAUUAUAUUUUAAUACACUCGAGGUUUUUAAAAAACUACUAGUCAACUUUAAAUAUUUAUUGAGCUUUCAGGUCGGUGUUCCAGGUUCUGGUUUAAAUCAAGCCCUGUUUUUUUCUUAAUUUUUCACUUUUUCGAAAUAAUUUUGUUUGAAGCUUGUAUACGAAGUUUUAAAUGUGGCAUUUUGUAAAUUGGCCUACUGCCUUAACUUGCGGCUCUUUUGGUAUUUGCUUUUUUGUUUGUGUCUAUGCAUUUAACUCUGUUUUCAUUGCAAUCUAACCUGGUUAUUAUAAAGAACUGCACAGAAUAGAUUAUAAAUAAUUAUGUUUAACAUAUAUUCAAGUUUUGUGUGGAAUGAAAAUCUCAUUUAUAAUCCUACUCGAUUUUUAAUGUAAAAUGUCUAAAUUUAUUAUACAUAUGCUUGGUUAUCACAAACCAAUUGAUUGGCUUUUAUAUUGCUUGAAAGAGCAAGUAACAGAUUACAGUAUAACUGGGUAACCUGCUUUACAAAGUCGCUUUUACAUUGUACAUUUUGCUUCAUAAAACUUUUGUUCCUCUUUUUCCAGACACCAAAAUCACUGUUGGUAAAAUUUGGUAUCUUUUGGAAAUAAUCUAUGUUUCAUUUUAACAUUGUGUAAUGUUUGAGCGUUAUCUGUUAUUAAAUAAAAGUUGCACAUUACUGGUUAA